AGUUUUCUCCCUGGGGUCCUGAGCCAAACUGGUGUUAUGUAACGGAUACUUCUCAUCCUGAUGUGGAGUUACCAGAAAGUUUACAGGCAGCGACUCAAGAACGGUCUGUGAACAUGGAAUAUGCGAUCACUUCACCGGUGCGUCUGUUGAUCUGUAACGAAACAUUUUUAAGGAAAUUGGCCCUCAUACUUGAUUCUUAGCCAAAGAGCUGUCUUACAACCGUAAACCUGAUUGAAAAGCCACCUUAAACGCUGCCAUGGAUCAAGUUUUUGUUGGUUAAUGUUCAACUCUGGAAGCUUUCCAUGUGCCUGAAGUGGAAUCUGGAAAUGGGACUUUGCGUUUAGAUUUUUUGAAAGCAGCCACACUGACGGACAUGGGCAGCGGUACAAGCAGAGGAAAGAAAGUUGCACCUGCGUGUGUCAGCGAGGUGAACGUGGCCAAAACAGCUGCCGGUGGCACUUCACCCAAGCAGGACAACAGUUCAUUCAAGCCUCUCAAAAUCCAUACAGUUUUGCGCAACGCGCGUAACCGUGCGCAACCGGACUGCCACAGCGAGGGGCACGACUCUGACUUCUCCAGGGAGGACGAUGACAUCGACGGAGAGCUGGACACGGUUCUCGCGGAUUAUGAGGAGCGAGGGAGAGUUUCUGAGAAGAAAAAUCCCCCCAAGAAGACUGUCAUCAGGUCCAAAACAUACGGACUGUGUCAUUUUAGCCAGGAAGACGCCGAGGACGUCACCCCAGAGGAGCCACGUGGCUCACACGGUGGAUCAGGACUUGUAAACAAGAGGAGCAAUGAUGCUUUCACACACUUUAAAAAACACACACCUGCGUGCCCCAGUCAGCACAGUUCCUCCUCUCAGGGCUUUUUGACAAGAGGGGCUUUGUUGGAAGCUGUUCCCACAUCAGAAAAACAAUCGACCUUUGGCAGCUGCCAUAGCUCCUCUCUCACCAUGCCAGUCAUCCUGUACGAUGGAUCAGAAGAAGAGCUGAUGGACACUAUUGAGAGAGAGUUUAGUUGACCCCCAGCUGAGAGAGCUGCUGUCCUUUCCAGCUGUCUUACACAGCAGUUUGCAGAAGAACGUUUGGAAAGAGAAAGGGAACCAGGGUUUCUUUUGACAAUUUCCUGCUACUAAGGGAGGCUACAUUCACUGUAUUUAAGCAGGUUUUUCCUGGAUACAUUUCACAUUGUGUUCAACUGAAACUGCUGCACUGCAGGCCUUUGCAUUUACCCAAGUCUUAUUUAACAACAUGAAGCAGUGUAAUGGCAGGGUUAUAACACCAACUUGAACAGAUGCCAGGAGGUUUUCCUCACAGACCAGAUCUGUACACUGACAGAAGCCUCCUUGGUUUGUUAUCUGCAGUGGUAAGGUGUCACUGUCACCCCCUCAAUGCUGCCAGUCUCCCACAAAGCACACACCUACAGUACUUAUUUGUUACCUAUUACUUUAACUUUAACUUGUCUGUUAAUAGGUAAAGGAGAACACAAGAAUAUUUCUCUGGCUGCUGAAACUCAGCAGUUCACCCACAUUCCAGCAGUAAAAGCAGAUUCUUGCAUGCUAUAUGCAAGGAUAACAUUUUCCUCCAGCAGUUUUGUGCGUGCGGCGCAGUAUAUAGUGUAAAGUAUACUUUUAAGUGGCAACCCUGCAUAGGUAUGAGCUGGGGUUAUUUGUUUAAGGUUUCCUUCCUGACCACAGUUCCUGCACUUCUCCACCCUUAUGCAGGAAUGUGUGGCAACAGAAACUUCCACUCAGGCUCAGUUUGGCCCAGCUGCGUUUCUGCUGAUGACAAGAUUCAGCCACAUUCAAACAUAAAGGCCUACUGCCACUUAGUGGUGGAACACAGUAGUUGUGUUGGAGGAACACACACUUUAACGUCUUAUGUGAAUACAUUGUGUCUGCGCUGUUUAACGAAAGGUGGAUUUCAACCAGAAAUGUAGAGGUUGGGUUUUGUAAUUUUGUUUUAUAUUGCAAAUAAAAAUGGACAAUUGCUGUA